ACACUCUCUCCUUCAGUUCACCGGGCUCUGGGCUCGCCAAGCGGGUUGUCAUGGCAACUGUACAGCAUGCGCUUACAAAAACAAGAGCUUGACCGUUCACCCACCGCUCUCUCGACAUUCGACAUCCACGGCGCCAUCUUCUUCUUCUUCUUUUUCAAGCCUUUAGAUAGGCUCUCGUUUAAAUAGGAGGGAAGCUGAGGAGAACGGGAGGAUGAGCGGAGCCAAAUCCCGCGGCGACCAGCCUGUUGCUGAAAAUGUCACCAGCGGCGGGCACGGCACUGCGGCUCCUCCGCGGGACCGCAAGACAGGCGGAGGAGUUCUGAAGAGGCUCAAGUCCCGAAGGAGCCAGCAGGUGGACGGCAGGGCCGUAACGGAGGAAGACCUCCGGGCACAGACUGGACACAUCACCCCGGAGGACGUGCUGGGGCUUCGAGUAGCUACUCGAGGGUACCUCUGUAAACCCGAGGACAAUAUUUACAACAUCGAAUUUGUCCGCUUCAAGAUCAGAGACCUGGAGACAGACACGGUCCUAUUUGAGAUUGCCAAACCCCCACAUACAGAUGAUGAUGAGGAGAACAGAGAGUCAGACGCCAGCACAGGCCGGUUUGUACGCUACCAGUUCACCCCAGCAUUCCUGCAGCUGCGGACCGUGGGAGCCACGGUGGAAUUCACGGUUGGGAACCGGCCUCUAAGCAACUUUCGCAUGAUCGAAAGGCACUACUUCCGUGAUCACCUGCUGAAGAGCUUUGAUUUUGACUUUGGCUUCUGCAUCCCAAACAGCCGUAAUACCUGUGAGCAUAUCUAUGAGUUCCCUCAGCUGUCUGAGAGCCUGGCAGGACUUUUGCUGGCGACGUCAUUACUGAUGAACACAUGGGCAGCUUGCCAAAAGGUAUUUGUAGUUUUAUUAAGCCAGACCUCCCAGACAACCUCAAUUCCAAAAGAGUUGUGACACUGUCAAAUGUAAAUAAAAACAGAAUGCAAUGAUUUGCUCCUAUAUCUGCUAUACCAAUAUUUUAUUCACUGAAGAACAUAGAAAGCAUAUCAAAUGUUUACAAUAAAAAAAAAAUACAAUUUUAAGAAAAAAAAAGAGAUCCUUUUAAAUUUGAUGACAGCAGCACAUCUCUAAAAUGUGUUACACAAUCAUUUAUGGACUGCUGGUUUUAACAACAGUCCAUAAAUGAUCUCUGGGAACUGAGGAAACCAGGUGCUGGACCUAAAUGUUAUCCUAUUCUUAUCUAAUAUAGAAAUCUAGUUAUUGAGCAGUCCCAAAUAACUACAUUAUAACUAGAAACUUUGUUGCAAUUUCAAUUUUAUGAUGUAUUAAAUGGUUUCAGUUGGUGAGAAGUCUUCGACAAUGAAGCCAUGCUAUUGUAAUAAACACAGUACACAGUUUAUCAUUGUCUUGCCGGAAUAUCCAAGGAUUUCACUGAAGAAGACGUCGUCUGGAUGGGAGAAUACGUUGCACUAAAACUUGUAUAUACCUUUUAGCUUUGAAGGUGUCUUUUUCCAGAUGUGCAAGCUGCUAAUUCAGUAGGCAUUAAUGCACCCCCAUACCAUUAGAGAUGCAGGGUUUGGAACUGAAAACAAUCCAGAUGUUCCCUCUUCAGCAUUUCUUGAUCAUGUGCACAUUAUAGCUUUGUCUUUACUUGAUAGCACUUUAACCUGAAUUUGUGGAUAGCACAGUGAACUGUGUUUACAGACAGUGAUUUCUGGAAGUAUUCCUGAGUCCAUGAUUUCCAGAAUAGAAUCAUGCCUGUUUUUAAUGCAGCGCUGCCUGAAGGCUUGAAGGCCAUUGUCCACUGCGCAUGGAGAUUUCUCCAGAUUCUCUGAAUCUUGAUGAUAUUACGUACUGUAGAUGAUGAUAUAUUUAAAGUCUUCACAUCUUUACACUGAGCAACAUUAUUCUGAAACUGCUCAGUGUUCAAUUGUUCAGUGUUUUUCUGUAGAUUGGUGAACCUCUGCCAAUCUUUACUUUUGAGACACUCAUGCAGUCAUGCAGGUCACGGUAAUCUAAGGAGCUCGGAAGGAAAAGCGACCGGACUUCUUUAGGUUUCUUGAAGACAGCUCCCAUUAGGGCUUAAAUACCUGGGACUCUCCACCAUUUGGUCUUAGAACUGAAGAAGCUUUUCGGAUGAGAGGUGUAACGUCUUCAGGGAAGUUAAACAAGUCCAGAGGCUUUUCUUUCCAACCUCUGCCUCUCUUUUUAUGCCCAGUCAUGUUGCUGACCUGCUACCACUUUAGCAGGUCAGUCAGAAAAUAUUUUUUUUAGUACCACUUAUUUUCCCAGGCUUUUGUUUGCCCCCAUCCCAACAUGUUUUUUAGAUAGACUCUGAAAUAAAUUUUACAGAGUGUUGUGUUUUUGGAAAUGCGGCUCUAAUUGUAUCCAGAACAUCACACAGAUUUUCUGUAUGAGACAUUAUGUCAUUUUCUUCAACACUUGGCCAUGGUUUAGGUUUUUAAUCCUGGCUUAAUACUAUAAUACUAACCAUAAACGCCAUAUGUACUUUGAAACUGUUCUUGGCUGCUGUGAUAGUUGCCACUCUUCACUCUGGCCGGGAAGAAAUCCUUCCUGAAGCAACAACAUGAAACAAACUUUAGCCAAAGCUAAUAUGAAGCUUCAGUAACGAGCUAGCUAAAAAUAGUCGAAAUCCAGACAGUCUGUGUCAGUUUCUUGCCAGAGUUUUGUCUGGUAAUCUACACUCGACUAUCACAGAGGGCUCAGAUGAAGCAAAACACAAAGAACUUUAAAAAAGAAGAAGCAAAAAACACUUUGAAAGAUGUCAUUUUUAUUGCUUUUGCAGUACGUUAGCGUACAUGACAGUGUAUAAUGCACACAGCAUUACUGUUUUAAUAAACAGUUAUAUUUACUUGUGUAUCUAGUAUAUGUAUACACUAUACCUUGUGAUGUUGCUGAGCCUUUUCUCAAGGAGCGAUAGAGUUACUGAAGUGUUUUUUUGUUUUGUUUUUAUUUUUAAGUUUUACUUACAUGGAUAUUCAAAAAGUUUUCACUGACAUGCAUUUAUCAUCUGUUUUGCAGUCCGUCAGAUGGUGGAGUGUCCUUAUGAGACUCGGUCAGACAGCUUCUACUUUGUCGAGAAUAGACUGGUCAUGCACAACAAGGCAGAUUAUGCUUACAACGGAGGACAGUGAUGUCUGCCUGCUUGCGUGCAACCACACACACAAACACACGAACACGCUCAUACACGCCCAUCUGCUCACUUUUAUUGAUAUAUACACAGGCACGCACACAUGCAUGUUUCUGAACAUACAUAUGACUCAUACCUGGCCCGGGAGCUGCUGCAGACACGGUUCAGUUGCCUCCAGUGUUUGUAAAGAUGAAUUACCAUUCGUUGCAAUCACUUUCAGGAGAUGUGUUUUGCAUUAGUGUGAGGUUACAGAUGGGUUAAUUUAUAGGCUUUUGAUUAUAGAGAAAUCUUUCAAAUCCGAGAGAGCUUGCAAUUUGCAGCCGUGUAUAACACGUGGCUCAGAUCGAUCAGAUGGACAUUAGUCUUCUCUUUACAAUUUUAUAAGUGUCCUAACAGCCAUUGAGUGAACACACACACAUUUGCAUACACACACAUGCACACUCAAUCCCCGAGUGACACACAUAGUGUUUACACAGGGUUUGUCAGAAGCAGCUGUUCUCAGAGCUGCCGCCUCCACAAUCCACUCCAGACAAUGUCGGGGGAGAAACAGAGGAGCCAUCCACAAAAACACUCCUGUCAAACGCACAUGGUCACUCCUGCAGCCCCCUCCCUAGCUCCCUCUCCGCCCACACAAACAGACACGUCAAUAGUAGUACUGUAUAAGACUUUGAAUUCAACCAAAGGUUUCUGACAUUAUCACUGUUUUUUAUUUAUUUAUUUAUUUUUUAUUUUGCAGUUCUGUGACGGCUCGUUAAGAAAGGCCGUGUCAAGUAGAAAUUUCCCCCUGGUAUCUUCAGAGAGCAGCAGAAGUGUCCCAAAGAUGUCCUGGUUUCCUUAUUUCAAAUUGGAGCUGUUAUGUUUGUCCUUAUUUUCUGUCAUUUAGCGUUACGCUAACAGAUGCUGAUUUAUAACAAGGUCGCAGAUAACAAGGUCAGCAUAUGUACAAGUUAUCACCACAAGCUCUUGGCUCUGUACGAUGCCACAGAGCUGUGAUUUCCUUAAGAUGGUCAUCUCUCACUGUGAGCACACCGGCCCCACCCACCUGCUAUUCAAACCUUGUCUUUGCAAGAGACAACAAUCAAAUGUAAAUUGUUUUAACAGGGGUAGGGAGCUUAAAAUGGCUUGUUUCAGACAGCGGACAUCCCACUGUAAGGUAAUUGUGGAUUAUUAGAAAAUGUGAAUCACGCAGCACUACUUUUAAUCUGGAAAUGAGCAAAUUACGUCCCCUUUUCUUGGUGACAGCAAUCAAUAAAAGUGAAGAUUUUCUGAACAUUUAGGUUUGAUUAUCUGUACUUCCAAUUCCUUAUCACAAACAUCUUAAAAGCUUGAUUAUGUCUGAUAUUUGAGUUUGUCUUUAUCCUAACUGGACAGCAUACUAUCUCUUGGUAAUUUGUAAACUUUGGUGUUCGGGGUUAAAGGUGGUGUUUGUAAAGUAUAUACAUAUAUAUAUAUAUAUAUAUAUAUAUAUAUAAUUUGUAAAAAAGUGAAAUGAUU